AGAAAGAAAGAACAAAUAAUAGAGUGAAGCUAUGUUGGUUAUUUGUAAAUUAAAAAACUAAAAAUCAGUAUAAUUUUUUUUAUAAAAUUUUGUUUAUAUUUAACUAAAAUCGCUAACGUUAAACCAAUUCGAAUUAACAAAAAUCAGCAAAUCAAUCAAUCAAAAUGUCUCGACAUCGCAUAGUGAGAACUAUGAAUUAUUCGGAAGAAUAUGAUGAAUACGACGAUGUCUAUGGUAAUUCGGUGGAUGAUGAGUCGUGCAUAUCGCCGACUGACGCUCAACAAUGGAUGUAUGAUCGAGAUCGAGGACAACAGAGUAUUGCAUCAUUCAUCACAAAAAAUCAUGACAUCAAAGAAGAAUCAGAUGAGGAAACCGAAACGGUAGCAGACGAACUACACAAAAAACUGCGCAGAGACUCAGAUAAUUUUAAGAUGCCCACUCUAAGCGAUGACGAUCAAGUGUUAUUGGAAUCGUGUAUGGAUGAAAUUCGUAAUGUAGUCGGCGAUACACUGUCGCAGCGAGAGCUAGUUGAAACGAUAAUGAAAAAUAAAUUCGAUUGCGCCAAAGCAUUAGAUGCGAUAUUGAACAAUGCCACAUCUGACACGCCAGCCACAUCGGCCUCCACACGGGCGCCAAUUGAAACAGGUAUUGGAUCGAGAUUACUUGAAAAAUCUCAAAAACAAAAUCAAAAUCAAACGCUGCAAAUAUCGGCAGUUAAAGCAACACUCGAUGUGACAAAAAAAGGAUUUGAUAUCCAGUCACCACGAAUUCAAUCACCGGCCGUAUCCGGAAGAAGUACACCGAUCGGCCACCAAUUUGAUGAUGGUUCGAAAUCAGCACAAAAAACCAAGGAACAAUCGAUGCAAGACGCCAAAGAAUUAUUUGAAAAGGAACGCGGUAAUGAAAAACCACACAUUCAUUUAGUUGUCAUCGGUCAUGUGGACGCCGGGAAGAGUACACUUUUGGGUCACACGCUAUUCGAUAUGGGAUAUGUUUCACAGAGGACAAUGCAUAAACAUGAACAAGAAAGCAAGAAGGUUGGAAAAAUGAGUUUUAUGUAUGCAUGGAUUUUGGACGAAACAAACGAAGAACGUUCACGAGGCAUAACAAUGGAUGUAGGUGUACUCGUCUUUGAAACCAACACAAAAGCAGUCACUCUAUUGGAUGCUCCAGGCCAUAAAGAUUUCAUCCCAAAUAUGAUUUCGGGCGCCACCCAAGCCGAUAGUGCAUUAUUAGUGGUGGAUGCUACUAAGGGUGAGUUCGAAACUGGUUUCGAACAAGGCGGGCAAACAAGAGAACACGCACUUCUAGUGAGGUCAUUGGGAGUGAGUCAACUCGGUGUCGUUGUAAAUAAAAUGGAUACAGUGAAUUGGUCAAAAGAGAGAUUCGAUGAAAUAGUUAGCAAAUUAAAGGUAUUUUUGCGACAAGCCGGAUUCAAAGAGGCUGAUAUUACCUAUAUUCCAUGCUCUGGAAUGUCCGGUGAAAAUUUGGUGAAACCACCAACUGAAUCACAACUUUUAUCCUGGUAUAAUGGACCAACACUCAUCAGUGUGAUCGAUAAAUUUAAAGUACCCGAAAGACCGGUGGACAAAUCGCUUCGUAUGUCAGUUACAGAUAUUUUCAAAGGAAUAUCCGGUUUUUGUGUAACUGGCAGAAUCGAAACUGGAAUACUGCGACGGAAUGACACAAUUUUGGUUUGCCCCAUCAAAGAGCAAGCCACUGUAAAGCAAAUCAAUAUUGACGAGACCAAUUCGAUUGUAACUGCAUUUGCUGGCGAUCAAGUUACAACAACACUUUCGGGUAUUGAUGCAUCGAAUAUUACCGUCGGUUCUGUUAUUUGCCAUACGAAGGAUGCUGUACCAAUUGCAACGCGUUUUCAGGCUCGAAUUAUUGUGUUCAAUGUUAAAAUGCCAAUCACAAAUGGUUAUCCAGUCGUUUUGCAUCUGCAAUCGCUUGUUGAAGCAGCUGUUAUUGUAAAACUUAAAUCGCAAUUGCACAAAGGCACCGGCGAAAUAGUUAAAAAGAAUCCACGUUGCCUAAGUAAUAACUCAUGUGCAAUUGUUGAGAUUGAAGUAAGCAGACCAAUUUGCAUUGAAAAAUAUGCCAAAAUUAAAGAGCUUGGACGAGUUGCUUUACGCGUUGGUGGCGUUACUAUUGCUGCCGGACUUGUCACCAAGAUUAUGAAAUGAAUACCAUUUUUGUAUACCAACAUAUUGUUUCGCAUUUUCCAACAAUAAAGAUACGUGGUUCAAUGUGUCAUCGAAAAAUAAAAUCACUAUCAA